CCGCAUACGGAAGUAGUUUGAGAACAGAACACGUUGACUUCUUCAGGGAGAACGGAGAGUUUGGGGGGAGUGUGUGAAGUAAAGUUUAGGGAAGGACCCUCUUUCCUUCAGCUGCUGACGCGGAUGGGACCGUUCGUGCAACGACGCCGCUGACCGUCGAAAUCCAGCCAUGUUUUCUUGGAUUAUAUCUAUCUGGACCAUUCUUUCGGUGGCACAAUGUUACUUUUCAGAGGAGAAUUACACCGAGGAGUCAAAUAUGCAGCCGCCCACGGUUGUUAUAGCUAUAAUCGCCCGAAACGCCGCUCAUUCUUUACCGUACUACCUCGGAGCUCUCGAGAGAUUAAACUAUCCCAAAGAGCGCAUAUCUAUUUGGGCUGCGACAGAUCACAACGUUGACAACACUACUGCAGUCCUUCGAGAAUGGCUUACAGUCAUGCAGACACAGUAUCACCAUGUGGAAUGGAGACCAAUGGAUAAACCAACGUCUUAUGCGGGUGAGCUGGGACCCAAGCACUGGACUAAUGGGCGCUAUGAUUAUGUUAUGAAGCUCAAACAGGCAGCGCUUAACUUUGCCAAGAAGCACUGGGCCGACUAUAUUCUGUAUUCAGACACAGAUAACAUCCUGACCAACCCAAGCACACUUCAUCUCCUGAUGGCAGAGAAUAAGUCUGUUAUUGCCCCCAUGCUGGACUCUCAGUCAGCGUAUUCCAACUAUUGGUGCGGUAUCACUCCACAGGGCUACUACCGUCGCACCGCUGAAUAUUUUCCCACAAAGCAGCGUCAGAGACUGGGCUGCUACCCUGUGCCGAUGGUCCACUCCACCAUUCUACUGGAUCUGCGUAAAGAAGGCACCAGGAAACUAGCUUUCCAUCCUCCUCACAAAGACUACUCAUGGCCCUUUGACGACAUCAUCGUUUUUGCCUUUUCGUGCAGAGUGUCUGAUGUUCAGAUGUAUCUGUGCAACAAGGAGCGCUAUGGGUAUACAAACAUACCUGCAAAGCCUCAUCAGACAGUGGAGGACGAUCAGAUCAAUUUUAUCCAUGUGUACCUGGAAUCAUUGAUCUUCGGGCCCCCCAUGUACGUCUCCCGCUAUGUCCAUGUUCCACCCAAACAGUUAGAGUUCAUGGGCUUUGAUGAGAUUUACUUGAUAAACCUGCGCAGGCGUACAGACCGAAGGGAGAGGACGUUGUGGUCGCUGUAUGAGCUUGAGAUCGAUGCUAAAGUAGUGGAUGCUGUAGAUGGGGCAGCUCUGAACAGCAGCGAAAUUAAGAUUCUAGGUGUUGAUCUCUUACCUGGUUAUUAUGACCCCUUCUCUGGUCGAACACUGACGAAGGGAGAGGUGGGCUGUUUCCUUAGUCACUACUACAUCUGGAAAGAGAUGGUAGACAUGCAGCUAGACAAGGCGCUGAUUUUUGAGGAUGACGUGCGUUUCCAAGCUAACUUCAAGCGACGUCUGAUGAGACUGAUGGAGGAGGUGGAGCAGGCGGAGCUGGACUGGGACAUCAUAUACCUGGGCAGGAAGCAGGUGAACCCUGAAGAGGAAGUUGCAGUUGAGAACGUGAGGAACCUGGUGCACGCCGGCUACUCUUACUGGACCUUGUCUUAUGCCAUCAGCCUGCAGGGAGCUCAGAAGCUUCUCAAUGCUGAACCACUAUCCAAGAUGCUUCCAGUGGACGAGUUUCUUCCCAUCAUGUAUGACAAGCAUCCCAAUGAAGACUACAAAUCCCAUUUUGACAAUCGGAAUCUGUUGGCGUACUCCACACAACCCCUUCUGGUGCAACCCUGCCAUUACGCCGGGGACAAAGAGUGGGUGAGCGACACUGAAACGUCCACACUGUGGGAUGAUGACAACGUACGUACGGAUUGGAGGGGGUCGCAUAAAACUCUGAAGGGUUCCCAGACACCUGCAGGUCUGCAGAGCGCCACCUACAAGGAUGAGUUGUGAGGCACAGGCUUGGAGUCAGACUGACUGAGCGGCUCUUAUUCGGGGCGUAUUUGACUCAACUUGCAGAAUUCCCACAGUCAUGGACAGCCUGGAAAAUAUCAAGGGAUUUUAGAGUUGGGAUCUGCAGUCCGGAAAAGUCCUGGAAAUUAACAAUCUUGGAAAUGGACAUUUAAAUAGAGAUUCUACAUUUUUGGCAACACUUUAAAAUAAGGUUUUAUACUUUUACAUUUAUGGAUCGGGUGUCAAUAAUGUUUUUUACAGCGUUAUUAAUUUGAGUAUUUUAGUAAUAAAUUAUACCACGAGAUGAUAAACUUUAACUAAGAUUAGUAAACAAAAGUUGUUAUUGUACUGGUUGUUGUGUUUAACUAGUGUUAAUGUAUACAGCCUUUUUCUAAGUGUUACCAUUUUUUUUUAUUAGCUAAAAAGUUCUUAUUUAAGAAAAAGUAUGAUUCUUCCUCUAGAAAGCCCAUUGCACUAUUGAGCCCCAUUCAAAUCUCCGUUUUCUUUUUUAUUAGAGAUAUUUGCACAGUAAACAUUAUUAUUUUUCUCUUUUUACUAUGAAAAAAUAUAUUUUACACUUCGGUCAAUGAUGGUGCAUUGGGAUUUUUUAUUCUAGGAUUUUCCUUAUUCUAGUGUUUUACUAUCUGAUCAUGCUCAGACAAUCAAACAGAUUUCUGGAUAUUUGCAAUGAUGUGUGUGUUGCAGGUGUAUUUUGGGGCAGUCUUGCUUAUCAUGUUAAUUUUUUUAUGAUUAUUUUAUUUGUUAUUUAUUUGUCUGUCUCAUUCGUUUUUUGCCCCUCUAAAGUGAACAGCAAGACCAAAUGAUGUGGCAUCAUAUGAGUGUGUAUAGCAACCGAAUGUGUUUUUUGAAAAUAAAAGGAAAUGUUUGAAUCUUGUAUUUCUUAGUAUACAAUGUUUAGCUUGUUUUAUAUUUUUUAUCAUCAUCAUUUAGGGAUGCUUUAUACAGAAAAUAUGUUUUAUUUCUUUUGGAUUAUAUUAUAACAUUACAUCAUUAAAUGUUACACAAAUAGUCUUUA